UUCAUUCACAACGAAGUACGUCAAUAGUUAAGUUAAAAAUGUUAUGUUCUGGCAUUACUCUUGACAUACCCUUCAAGAGGAGGACAGAUAGGCCAAAAAUAGAACAUCUUGACUAACUAAAGAGUUUCUGUCCGAGUCAUGGGAUUAUUGCAGUUUCUCAUGGACUUUUUGGUUGAUAUAAACGCUGGCACAUAUAGCAUAUUGCACAAAAAAGUUGGCAUCAUUUUCAUAAGCAUGCGUCAGAGCUCCCUAAUAGCAUGACUCUCUGUAGGCACAGCUUGUACUAGGUAUUCACGGUCAUACUCUGACCCGUCUCUUCUGUUUCCCUACUCUCAGUAACACUGACUUUUUACUGAAUCUGAACAUCAAGCUCAACUGCGAACCUUUCUGCAUCUGGGUUUUUCUGGUUUCUCCCUAGCUAUUCAAUAAUGAACAGGAGAGCCAGAGAUUUGGGCAUCACUAUCAGAGCUAGGCUGUCUAAUUCCUGUUUGAUUGUUAUGUUUUGAAUUUGAGUCAAUUGUCCUUUCAACAUCACUGCUGAUGAGGAAUAAUAUUAUCUAACGUCUCUUCAUCUCUCGUGAACAUUUGAUUAGGCCUAAAUAAGCAUAGCUACCAUUCUUCCAGAGUUUUGACCAACCACGCAAGAAAAAUUAGGAUUAACAGGGAAUAUUGAUACGCCCUUAAUGCAUUUCACGUAGAUUCUUGGCCUACACACUUCAUUAGUAAAGUAUCUCCACCUCUUUAGAUUAUUAUUAUUAUCAGUCUUUGAUUUUCAAAGAGAGAGAGAGAAAGAGAGAUUGUCUGUGAGAGUGAGAGUGAGAGAGACAUGGCUUCUGUGGACGAAGAGAGUUCUGUGUUGGAAGAUGAUGCUCUUCUACAGAAUGACAGUAGUGGACCGUACACUGGAGAUGGCUCAGUUAACAUUAAAGGGAAUCCUGUUCUGAAGAAUAGUACUGGAAAGUGGAAAGCAUGCCCCUUCAUUCUCGGUGGUGGAGGUUGUGAACGUUUGGCCUUCUAUGGGAUUUCCUCUAAUCUUGUUACUUAUCUUGAAAGCAAACUACGUGAAGGAAAUGUCUCUGCUGCAAGAAAUGUUACCACAUGGCAAGGCACUUGUUAUUUUAUACCCCUAAUUGGAGGUGUCUUAGCCGAUGCUUACUGGGGAAGAUAUCGGACAAUGGCAGUUUUCUUUGCAGUUUACCUUAUUGGGCUGUGUACUUUGACUCUAUGCGCAUCAAUUCCUGCAUUACAGCCUGCUGCAUGUGUGGAUUCAGUAUGCCCUUCAGCUACUGCAGCUCAGUAUGCUGUAUUCUUCAUUGGACUCUAUUUGGUUGCACUAGGGACUGGUGGGAUCAAACCGUGCAUUUGGCCCUUUGGUGCAGAUCAGUUUGAUGAUACUGAUCCUAGGGAAAAAGGAAAGAAAGGAUCCUUCUUCAACUGGUUUUACUUUUCGAACAACAUUGGUGCUUUUCUAUCAAGUAGUUUAGUGGUGUUGGUUCAAGAAGAUAUUGGGUGGGGUCUUGGAUAUGGCAUUCCUACAUUGGUUAUGGCCAUUGGUAUUGUAAUCUUCUUUUUAGGCACUCCCUUCUAUAGAUUACAGAGACCAGGGGGAAGCCCUCUUACAAGAAUUUGCCAGGUUUUUGUUGCAUCAUUUCAUAAGCGGAAUUUGGAGAUCCCAGAGGAUAGUAGUCUCCUUUAUGAAACAAAAGAUAUAAGCUCCACCAUUAAAGGAAGUCGGAAACUGGAGCACAGCAAUGAGCUGAAGUGCCUUGAUAAAGCUGCUGUGGUCUCAGAUGCUGAGAACAAAAGUGAAAACUUCUCCAAUUCAUGGCGGCUUUGCACUGUGACACAGGUGGAGGAAUUGAAGAUUUUGGCCCGCAUGUUUCCAAUCUGGGCAUCUGGAAUUGUAUUUUCUGCUGUUUAUGCUCAAAUGUCAUCAUUGUUUGUGGAACAAGGGAAAAUGAUGGACAGAACUGUAGGUUCUUUCACUGUUCCUGCAGCCUCUCUCUCAAGUUUUGACCUCAUCAGUGUUAUUAUUUGGGUCCCUAUCUAUGACAGGAUAAUUGUCCCAAUUGCAAGGAAAUUUACAGGCAAUGAGAGGGGCUUCUCAGAGUUGCAAAGGAUGGGAAUCGGCCUCUUUAUAUCAGUCCUUUGCAUGUCAGCAGCUGCUGUGGUAGAGAUUGAGCGAUUGCAGAUUGCAAAAGAGAUGGGUUUAGUUGAUGAAGAUGUUGCUGUACCACUAUGCAUAUUCUGGCAAGUUCCUCAAUACUUUUUGCUGGGUGCUGCAGAGGUAUUUACAUUCAUUGGACAGCAUGAGUUCUUCUAUGAGCAAGCACCAGAUGCCAUGCGUAGUUUAUGCAGUGCAUUAUCACUUCUCACAAAUUCACUGGGGAAUUACUUGAGCUCUUUGAUUCUAACCAUUGUAACUUACAUCACAACAGAAGGUGGGAGUGCUGGAUGGAUUCCAGAUAACUUGAAUGAGGGCCAUCUUGACUAUUUCUUCUGGCUUUUGGCUGGUCUCAGCUUAUUAAAUCUGUUGGUUUAUAUUUUUUUUGCCAGAAAGUACAAACAGAAGAAGGCUUCUUAAGGUUUUCUCAUCUUUAAUGAAAACAUUCAUGGAAAGGUUGCGCAAGGAACAUCUUAUAUAUGUUGGUGUAUCAAAUCCAGGUUGUGUGUCACCAUUUUGCACGUGCAAUGCCAGGAUUUGGGUCAAUGUUAUUGUGUUGUCCAAAUCUUGAUUACUUUAAGCUAUCAGGAUGGGUGGUUCAUAACACCUUAGAUAAUGGUGGCAAUCUCUGAAAGUUAUUCAAUUUUAAAUAUUUUCAAUUGUAAGAUUUCCUUCAAUGUGCGAAGGAAAAUUAUUAUGUUAUACCAAGUUGAAAAUGAUUACAUGUAAUUAUUAUUCUUAUUUACUUAACGUAAAUCUUAUUUUCUAUAGGCACAAACUGUGUUAGCUGUUUCUGCUGUGGAUGUGGAGAAGAAUGGCUGUGAAUAAAAUUAUUGAAAGCUGAAUGGGUUUAGUUUA